GCGAUAGGUUCUUGAGUGAGAACACAAACACGAACAUGGUUUGACAAGGUCGAGGUCCAGGGAGGAUGCACUCCACUGAAACCUUGAACAGUACGAGGAAGUAAAAUCUGCAACCCCGUGGGUCCCACUUUUCAUUUCUAUAUCUUUUUCCAUUUUAAUCUUUCCCAUUGUCUUAUUCGGUUCUUCCCCUCUUUCUCUCUCUAAUAUACUAUGUAGAGAGAGAAGGUGGUAAUCAAAAAGUUGAAAACUUUAGCUCAAACCCAGGAAUAAUUCAAGGUUUUCCGAAUUGGGUCUGUGCCGGAUUCAUCUCUAGCUCUCUCUGCGAUCUGCUUCAUCCGUUUUUUUGAUUUGGGUCAGUUUCCAAUCAGGUUCUGUUUUUCUUUGAUCAUUUGAAAAAUUUCAUUGACUUUAGUGUCUUUUGUGUAAUGAAAUUGAAAACUCUUAUUCUGUUGUUAUUGCUUUUCAAUCUUACUUUUUAUGCUUCUGCUACUGAUUCUGAGUAUGACCACUGUAACUGUGAUGAUGAAGAAGCGCUUUUCAGUAUCCACGCAAUACUUGUUGGUCAAAAAGUGAGCGAUUUUUUAAUUGCAAUUGCUUAUUUUUCAAUCCCAGUUGAGAUUUUUUACUUUGUUAGUCAAUCAAAUGUUCCUUUCAAGCUUCUGUUUCUUCAAUUCAUAGCCUUUAUAGUUCUAUGUGGUAUUACUCAUUUGCUCAAUGCUUUUUCUUAUCAUGGUCCUCCUUCUUUUCGUUUGUUGCUUUGCAUUACUGUUGCUAAAUUCCUCACUGCUCUUGUGUCGUGCGCGACGGCGUUGACGCUUCCGCCUUUAAUCCCUCUCCUUCUUAAGAUUAAGAUUAGGGAGCUUUUUCUGAGGCAGAAUGUGAUGGAAUUGGGUCAAGAGGUUGGGAUUAUGAAGAAACAGAAGGAAGCUAGUUUGCAUGUUAGGAUGCUUACUAGGGAGAUUAGGAAGUCCCUUGAUAAGCAUACUAUUUUGUAUACUACUCUUGUUGAGCUUUCUAAGGCUUUGGAUUUGCAUAAUUGUGCUGUUUGGAUGCCGAAUAAUGAGAGAAGAGAGAUGUAUUUGACUCAUGAGUUGAAAUCGGAUUCUGGUAAGAGUUUUCAUCAUAAUUCUAUUCCUGUGAAUGACCCUGAUGUGUUAGAGAUAAGGAAAGCUAAAGGGGUUAGGAUUUUGAGGCCGGAAUCUAAGCUAGGAGCUGCGAGUAGUGGUGGUGGUGGUAUUGAGGAGUUGGGUGCUGUCGCGGCUGUUCGUAUGCCGAUGCUUAAUGUUUCGAAUUUCAAAGGUGGGACGCCGGAGUUGGUUGAUACGUGUUAUGCGAUACUGGUUUUGGUUCUUCCGAGUUCGAAUGGUAGGGUUUGGACGGGUCCGGAGAUGGAUAUAGUUGAGGUAGUUGCUGAUCAGGUGGCUGUUGCACUUUCUCAUGCGUCGGUUCUCGAAGAGUCUCACUUAAUGAGACAGAAACUCGAAGAGCAAAACCGAGCGUUGCAACAGUCGCAAAAGAAUGCUAUGAUGGCUAGCCAGGCUAGGAAGUCAUUCCAGACAGUGAUGAGCCAUGGAAUGAGGAGGCCUAUGCAUUCGGUUGUUGGGAUGCUUUCGUUGUUUCAAGAAGGUAAUAUGAAGCCUGAACAAAAGAUUAUUGGUGACACAAUGUUGAAAGUCGGAAACGUACUCUCGAGUUUAGUAAACGAUGUAAUGGAUAUUUCUGAAAACAAAAAGGGUGGCUUCCAGUUAGAGAUGAAACCUUUCCUUCUACAUUCAAUGCUAAGGGAAGCUGCUUGCAUUGCCAAGUGCUUGUGUGUGUAUCAAGGCUUUGGUUUUCAAAUUGAAGUCCAGAAGUCUUUGCCUGAAAAAAUUUUAGGCGACGAAGCAAGGACUUUUCAAGUAAUCAUGCAUAUUAUUGGAUAUUUAUUGAACACAUGUGACCGAGGGAAUCUUGUUUUUCGGGUUUAUCUUGAAAGUGACGGUGCUGACAAGGAUGACAAAAAAUUUGGUGUAUGGAGAUCAAGUAGUCCAGUUGAGUAUGUACAUAUAAAAUUUGAUUUUCAGAUUACUGGUAGUUCUCAGUCUGGUGGAUCAAUUUCGACAAAACAACAAGUCGGUAGGAGGCUGAAUCACAACGGUGAAUCUAAGGAGAGUCUAAGCUUCAACAUGUGCAGGAAGUUGGUACAGAUAAUGCAAGGAAAUAUAUUGAUAUUGCCGGACUCUCAGGGUUUGGCGCAGGGCGUGUCACUUCUUCUAAAGUUUCAGACUGGACCAUCACUUGAAAGAUACGUGCUUGCACUUAAAGAUUAUUCAAAUUCACAGUUUGGAGGCCUCAAAGUUUUGUUAGCAGAUGAAGAUGGUUUAAACAGGAUCGUGACGAAGAAGCUACUUGAGAAGCUCGGUUGUCAAGUAACUGCAGUUUCGUCAGGAUUUGAGUGCGUGAGUGUUAUAACUGGCUCUGGUGGUAACGCAUUCAAAAUAAUUAUGUUGGAUAUUCAUAUGCCUGAAAUGGACGGUUUUGAAGUCGCGACUAGGAUCAGGAAGUUCAAUGGCCCUAAAUGGCCUUUGAUCAUAGCUCUCAUAGCAAAUGCAGAAGAGCAAAUGAAGGAUAGAUGCAUGCUGGCAGGAAUGAAUGGAGUGAUUCGGAAACCAAUUCUACUUCAUCAGAUAGCGGACGAACUUAGAACAGUCCUGCAUCGUGCAGGUGAAAAACUGUGAAUACAGUUUCUAUACUCCUCAGAUAUCUUGGAUUUUUAACGAUACCGAUUGCUUAAAAAUAGUCAGUUUAUUUUGUAGUUGUUGUAGCUGUGAUUGAGUCUUUUGACAGUGCAGGUUUUGACUCGUGAUUGUGUUGCGGCCAUGAAUGUGGUUGCUGCAUUGCAGUCUUACGGAUACAAUUUAAUCGUGUUUGGUAUCUGCAGUCAGAAUCGAAUGUGAUUGCAACCACAACCGUUAUUUAUCAUAAUUUAGAGCAUUGUAUUUUCUUAACAAACAGUGAAUAUUAUAAGGUAAAACGCCAUACAAUCACUUUAAAAGUUUGGCAAAUUUCUUAAUAACAGGUUUACCAGAAUGAAACUAAGAAGACAAUCUUUCACUAUUUGCUCAAAUUUCUAACUCUAAACCUGUUCUAAGCUUAAGCAUAGUGAAUGUAAUCAAUCAACAACCUUUAAAAUCAAUCAUAAAUUACUAAACAUUAAAUAACUUAUAAAAAAAACUCUAACUCAUGCUCCUAUCUACAAGCUUCACACGAUUUCUUUGUCAAGUAAUAACCAUCUACCUUUCUUCACUCUUAAUCCCUUACAAGUUUCUUUUGAGUUGCAUAGAGGAAUUUGAUUGCGUGCCAAUACCCCGUCAUUUUUC